UAGUUUUAUUUUCUCGUCGGUUUUUCUUUGAAAACUUGUUUUAGUGCUUCAGGAUUGAGCUGCAGUGAAUCACGACCAGGUAUCACCGCGAAGAGUCCGGUUGGAGAGGAAGUGAGACCUCGUAACUACACUACCCAUGAUGCACCGCGUCCAAAGGUUCAAAUCAGAAUGUUAACGGCUGGUGAACGAGCUGAGUGUUAAACAGUCGUGAUAACGCCCCUAAGGACCUGGAGAUAUCGGAUUUUUUGCUGUCUGUCGGUGUAGGAGACUGUUAUGUAGCAGUCGAGCCGGUUUGUGUGGAUUUUGUCGGACGGACACUGUAGUUUUUGCGAUGACUCGGCCGGUUUCUGUUAGUUAGCGCCGUCAGGCUAAGCUAACUCGUUGCUAACUCGUGUGAUGAGUUUCAGGUUGUAGUCCUUCACGUUUACUCUUCAGACAUGAAUUAGCCCCGCGUAGUUUUUCACAGUGAUGCUUUAUUAUUAGCAGAGAACAGAGAGUUUUAUAUCAAAGCAUAUCUCCAGGAAGCUAAGCUAAGCUAACCGAGGUGAGGAGACCAUGACCCUGGCUCCCAAAGAACUGUCCAACCUGCUGAGCAUCAUCUCGGAGGAGGCUUGCACCAACACCUUCGAAAGCCUCUCCACCCACUUCCAUCACUACUUCGGCAAAGCGGAGCACUUCCGGGUGGGCUCGGUGCUGGUCAUGCUCCUCCAGCAGCCGGACCUGCUGCCCAGCUCCCCGCAGCGGCUCACCGCCCUCUACCUGCUCUGGGAGAUGUACCGCACCGAGCCGCUGGCCGCCAACCCGUUUGCCGCCGUGUUCGCCCACCUGCUGAACCCCGCACCUGCCGGGGAGGAGCAGGAGAAGGUGCUGUCAGGCUUCCUGCCUCCCAUCACCCAGCCGGAGAAGUUCUUCUUGUCCCAGCUGAUGUUGGCGCCGCCCAGGGAUCUCUUCAAGAAGACGCCCAGACAGGUGUCCUGCAUGGACGUGGGCAACAUGCCGCAGUCUAUAGACAUCAGUGGGCUGCAGCUCGCGUUAGCAGAGCGUCAGUCGGAGCUGCCCACUCAGAGCAAGGCCAGUUUCCCCAGCAUCCUGAACGACCCAGAUCCAGAUUCAUCCAACUCGGGGUUCGACAGCUCGGUGGCCAAUCAGAUCAUCGAGUCUCUGGUCACAGGGCCCCGUCCUCCGCUGGAGAGUCACUUCCGGCCCGAGUUCAUUCGGCCGCCGCCGCCCCUCCACGUGUGCGAGGACGAGCUGGCGUGGCUGAACCCCACGGAGCCGGACCACAGCGUCCAGUGGGACCGUUCCAUGUGCGUGAAGAACAGCACCGGCGUGGAGAUCAAACGCAUCAUGUCCAAGGCCUUCAAGAGCCCGCUGUCCGCCCAGCAGCAGUCACAGCUGCUGGCCGAGCUGGAGAAGGACCCGAAGCUGGUCUAUCACAUCGGCCUGUCCCCGGCCAAGCUCCCCGACCUGGUGGAGAACAACCCGCUGGUGGCCAUCGAGAUGCUGCUGAAGCUGAUGCAGAGCAGCCAGAUCACAGAGUACUUCUCUGUGCUGGUCAACAUGGACAUGUCCCUGCACUCCAUGGAGGUGGUCAACAGGUUGACCACAGCUGUGGACCUGCCCCCAGAGUUCAUCCACCUCUACAUCUCCAACUGUAUCUCCACCUGUGAGCAAAUCAAAGACAAGUACAUGCAGAACCGCCUGGUCCGUCUGGUCUGCGUCUUCCUCCAGUCCCUGAUCCGAAACAAGAUCAUCAACGUCCAGGACCUGUUCAUCGAGGUCCAGGCCUUCUGCAUCGAGUUCAGCCGCAUCCGCGAAGCCGCCGGCCUCUUCCGCCUCCUCAAGACCCUGGACACAGGAGAAAACCCCACAGAGGCCAAACCCGCCAAAUAAUGCUCCACUCAGAGACACUGCACAGGAAGCAGACAUGAACUCCAGCUUCAGCACGAGCGACAGGGACACGGCUGAGAGUCAGUGUUGUAAAUAUGUAGUUAUGAUUUCCUCAGACUUUAAAUCCUCUGUUCACUCUGCUUCACCAACAUCUUCAUCUCUGGGAGGAAAAACAGGAUGGAUCUUCAGCUUUUCAUUUUUUACCUGUCCUCUGUCUUUCCUCUGGAAACUGAAUCUCUCCAGUUCUCUGAUUAAACAGACUGUUUAACUGACUCUCAGCUCGUGUGUCUGUGCUUUCAUCAAUGGUUUUGAUCAGCUCUCUCCUGUCUGCUGUUUAAUCACAGGUGAUUAAAUAUCCAGUGGGCAGGUUCUCUUCUUUAUUCUGUUCUCUUAAAAUCUGUGGCUGCAACAGAACCUCAUUACAACACCUGUUGAAUGAUGGUUGUUUUAAACAGCAGGUGAACUGUAGCAGCUCAUGUCUGAGGCAUCAGGUUAUGAGAGAGACCUCGCUGCAGAUCACUGAGUAAAUAUACAUUUCUAUAAAUGAAUAAAAGCAAAAUAAAUAAUGUUAUUUCUA